GACCCGAACCCGAAGGGACAUACGUUUUUUCCCCUUCAAAAUCCAACAAAUACGGUGUUGGUAUCUAGGGUUUCAAACAUCGAAUCCACCCAUAUUCACAAAGCUCAAUCACUACUCACUAGUGCAUUUCUCUAGACAGUCAGACAGAAAGACCCAUUUCGGUAACCCCUUCAUUCAUCACAAUCCAGCAUCCGCGUGUUCAUAACCCAGUCAGAAAGAAUUCAAUUCUGCGCCGGACUGUGAUAUCGACACAUAAGGAUUCACAUCAAACUCAUUUUCUUGUAGACAAUAAAGUUCGAAUCUUUGGAUAGUUUUGAGGGGUAUAUAUGGGGAAAUCAGGAAGGAAAAAGAGGGCAGGUAUUACCCAGAACCAGGGGACGGGAGGGAGCAAUGGCCAAACACAUGUUGUUAAUGGAAGUGUUGACUUAGCCUCAUCAGAUUUCCUGCAAAGAGCUCUUGAGCUCAAAGAAGAGGGGAACAAGAGAUUUCAGGCCAAGGACUUUGUGGGUGCUCUUCAGCAAUAUGAGAAUGCCCUGAAACUGACACCCAAAACACACCCUGACAUAGCCGUGUUUCAUAGCAACAGGGCUGCUUGUUUGUUGCAGAUGAAGCCAGUAAACUAUGAAGCCGUGAUUUCUGAAUGCACGAUGGCCCUCCAGGUUCAGCCAAAGUUCAGCCGCGCUCUUCUCCGCAGAGCCCGUGCUUACGAGGGAAUUGGGAAGCAUGAUAUGGCGAUGCAAGAUGUGCAGAUGCUGUUGAAAGCUGAACCUAGUCAUCAGGAUGCUUUAGAUUUCGCUGCGCGGUUGAGUGCGGCUAUUGGGCCUCGUCAAGAAGCCCAACAGGAUCUUCAGAGCCGUCCAUCACCAGCUGCCCUUGGUGCAUCUGCAGUGGGUUCAGCUCCAAUUGCGGGCCUUGGCCCAUGUCUGCCUGCUAGACCAGGAACCAAGAAGCCAGUAACUUCAACUGGGACUUCUGUGCUACCUCCUAGUAAUAUUAAGCAUAAUCCAGUUCAGCCUACAACUGAGAAUGUCUCUCAAUCUAAAGUUCCAUUGCCUAUGGUUGUCUUAAAGCCUUCAGUUAGUCCUUCCAAGCCUAAUCAAAAUCCAAUCAAUGAUGACAAAAAAGAACAGUCAAUCACUACUCGUGUGCAGUCAAAACCAGCUGUUAUCCAUUGGAGGCCACUAAAGCUUGUUUAUGAUCAUGACAUACGUCUUGCACAAAUGCCUGAAAAUUGCAGUCUCAGGGUGUUGAGAGAUGUCGUUGCCAAAUGCUUCCCAAUGUCAAAGUCAGUUCUGAUCAAGUACAAGGAUGGUGAUGGUGAUUUAGUCACUAUCACAUGCACAUCUGGACUAAGAUUAGCGGAGUCCUUUGUUGUUGCCGACCCUGUAGGGCUUCUGAGAUUGCAUAUUGUUGAGGUGAGUUCUGAACAAGAGCCACCUUUAUUGGAAGAGGAAGAGGAGAAGCCCAUUGACAGUGAAGUUGUUGUUGACAGUGACACUGUUGUUGAAAGUGUCAUUGCUAAAUCAGAAAAUGUCACUGGGAAGGUGAAAUCUGCAAUGCCAGGAGAUCUGGAGAUGAAGGAAGUAGAGAUGGACGAUUGGCUAUUUGAGUUUGCUCAGUUGUUCCGGACCCAUGUAGGGAUUGACCCAGACGCUCAUAUAGAUCUUCAUGAACUUGGGAUGGAGCUUUGUUCAGAAGCACUUGAGGAGACAGUGACCAGUGAAGAGGCUCAAGCUCUGUUUGACAAAGCGGCAUUAAAGUUUCAAGAAGUGGCUGCACUGGCUUUUUUCAACUGGGGAAACGUCCACAUGUGUGCCGCAAGGAAGCGGAUACCCAUUGAGGAUCCAGGGUCAAAGGAACUGUUGACUUCGCAUCUUCAGUCUGCUUAUGACUGGGUGAGAGACAAAUAUUCUUUAGCCAAAGAGAAAUAUGAGCAGGCCCUUAUGAUCAAACCUGACUUCUAUGAGGGUUUACUGGCUCUCGGGCAGCAGCAGUUUGAAAUGGCUAAGCUCCACUGGUCAUUUGUUUUGGCUAAGAAGGAAGACCUCUCAAAGUGGGACCCAACUGAGACGUUCAAGCUUUUUGACAUCGCUGAGGAAAAAAUGAACGUGGCGACCGAGAUGUGGGAGAAGCAUGAAGAAGAGAGGGCCAAGGAGUUGAAGGAUCCUAAUGGAAACAAGAAAGAUGAAGUAGUAAGAAGAAAAAAGAAGCAGGGGAGUGGUCCUUCUGAUGUUGAAAUUGAAAUCUCGCCCGAAGAAGCAGCAGAACAGGCUGCUGUGAUGAGAUCUCAAAUACAUUUGUUUUGGGGCAAUAUGCUCUUCGAGCGGUCCCAAGUUGAGUGUAAGUUGGGCUUGAAAGGUUGGGUGAAGAACCGUGACACUGCUGUUGAGCGGUUUAAGCUUGCUGGUGCUUCUGAGUCUGAUAUUGCAACCGUUCUGAAGAACCAUUGCUCCAAUGAAGCAUCUGCUCAGGAACCUGGGAAGAAUGGUUUCUGCAUUCUGGCCCAUAGUGACCCAUAAAGGAGACAAGAUAGAUGAUGCUGAUAAAUGUAGGGUAAUGUUAUUUGGUUUCCUUAAUUUAAUGAUUGAGCUUGUGGAGCCUUUUAUUUUCACAUCAAGGACUAAGGUAGUACAUUGGCUUCACAAUUUUUUUGAGGUUGCAGUUUCUUUCUUUGCUUAGAAGUUUGAACUGUCAUCUGUGACAUUAAGUCUUUGACUGCCUAUCAGGUUAGUUUUGUCAUGUGGAUGAACUUCUAUGAGAACAUGAUUUUCUUCUUAAUUUCAGGUUUCUGAAACAGUAUCAAUAAAAACUAUUAGAGUUUUAGACUGGCCAGUUCUCGCUUAUUUAGUUGAAAUU